GCGAGCGGGCGCGGCAGAUUGAUGACAAGAACACAAGAAAUGGCUUCCAGAAACCAUUCUUCUACCUGCAGGAUCUUGGUCUCCUUCCUCCUCGUCGCGACGACCGUCGCCGUCUUCGCCGACGCGGACGGCAAAAAGCCCGACGAGAAGGGGUACGCGCCUGCGGCUGUGGCGGCGGCCGGCGCCGGCGGGUCCUACGACAUCAUCAAGCUCGGCGCCAACGGCAAUGGCAGGACGGACAGCAGCAAGGCGGUGAUGGAGGCGUGGAAGUCGGCGUGCGGCGGCGCCGGGAAGCAGACGAUCGUGAUCCCCAAGGGCGACUUCGUGACGGGGCCGAUGGACUUCACCGGGCCGUGCAAGGGCGCCGUCACCGUGCAGCUGGACGGCAACCUGCUGGGGUCCAACGACCUGAGCAAGUACAAGGGCAAGCUGGCCAACUGGAUCGAGGUGCGCAAGGUCGACAACCUCGUCAUCUCCGGCAAGGGCACGCUCGACGGCCAGGGCCCCGGCGUCUGGGGCAAGAACUCCUGCGCCAAGAACUACAACUGCAAGAUCCUCCCCAACACGCUGGUGCUGAACACGGUGAACAACGCGCUGGUGUCCGGGAUCACGCUCAAGGACGCCAAGUUCUUCCACAUGAACAUGUUCCGGUGCAAGGACGUGACGGUGCAGGGGGUGACGAUCACGGCGCCGGCGGAGAGCCCCAACACGGACGGCAUCCACAUGGGGGACUCCUCCAGGGUCUCCAUCGUCGGCACCGCCAUCGGCACCGGCGACGACUGCAUCUCCGUCGGGCCCGGCAGCGACGGCAUCAACAUCACCGGCGUCACCUGCGGCCCGGGGCACGGCAUCAGCGUCGGCAGCCUCGGCCGGUACAAGGACGAGAAGGACGUCAGGGACGUCACCGUCCGGGACUGCGUGCUCAGGAACACCACCAAUGGCGUCCGCAUCAAGUCGUACGAGGACGCCCUCUCCCCCAUCACGGCGUCCAGGCUGACCUACGAGAACAUCCGGAUGGAGGGCGUGGCCAACCCCAUCAUCAUCGACCAGAAGUACUGCCCCAACAAGAUCUGUACCAGCAGUGGCAGCUCCGAGGUCACCGUCAAGGACGUCACCUUCAAGAACAUCACCGGGACGUCGUCCACGCCGGAGGCCGUCACCCUCGUCUGCUCCGACAAGCUGCCCUGCAGCGGCGUCCAGAUGCAGGACGUCAACGUCCAGUACGCCGGCACCGACAACAAGACCAUGGCCGUCUGCAGCAACGCCCAGGUCACCGCCACCGGGUGCCUCAAGGAGCUCGCCUGCGUCUGAUUCGAUGCAUGGAUCGACCUCGAUCGGUCUCUUCCUCCCCUAGUAGCUAUACCACCAUGUGAACCACUUUUUUCUUCUCUUCUUCUUUCUUGGUUCACUUGUUGCUUGGUUGGUUCUUGUUCGAGAGAGAAUUGAAAAUGAUACAGAUCGUCGAGAUCGAUAGAUCUUGGAGCGCAUGUACGUA